GUUUUCCAACACACAGCAUAGGAACGACAACUCCUUCAACCAAACAUGCUGACACACAUUUUCGAUUUGUGACACACUUUCCCCUCAGAGGUGAAAUCUCCGAUUCGGACUGGGUUGUGCUGUAGUGACAGUCCAGAAUGGCUGAACCACCAAGUUCAACACUGCAAACAUUUCCAAAGUUUACAGAACUGAAUGAUCUCGUGAAUGAAAAGGUUGGAGGAAAAAUUCUCUAUGCUACUGAUGAUUGGUUUGCUGUAGCAGAAAACUUGCUAAAGGCCGAGGACCCUGUGUUCAAAGUAGGUGUGUUCACAAAGUACGGAAAAUGGAUGGAUGGUUGGGAGACCCGCAGAAAGAGGAUCCCCGGCCACGACUGGUGCAUCAUAGAACUAGGUGUGCCAGGUGUUAUAAGUGGGAUAGAUGUAGAUACCUCCUACUUCACAGGGAACUAUUCCCCUCAGGUCUCCAUACAAGCUGCUGUAUUAUCACGAGCUGCUGUGGAAAGCAUUCCAAAGAGGAAAAGUAAGAUGGGGACAGCGACCACCAUGCAGAUGUCGGACCAGAUCCAGAAGCUCAAAUCAGAAGAUUGGAAAGAACUGGUCCCAAGAAGGCCCCUGAACCCUGGAUAUAAAACCUCCUGUCACAAUUUUUUUGAAGUGAACAGCAAUGAGAGAUGGACUCAUCUCCGAGUCAACAUGUUCCCAGAUGGUGGCAUAGCCAGAUUGAGGGUGUAUGGAAGGGCAAUUCCAGACUGGUCCAAAGUCUCCAAAAACUCGAUCAUAGAUCUAGCUGCCAUGGAGAAUGGAGGAAUGUGUCUUGGUUACAGCAAUGUCCAUUUUGGUCAUGCUCGUAACUUGAUUCAGCCAGGGAGAGCAGAAACAAUGGCGGAUGGCUGGGAGACAGCCCGCAAGCCAGAUAGACCAGCCAUCUUAGAAGCAAAUGAGGAAGGAAUUCUCCAAGUUCCAGGAGAUGACUGGUGUGUGUUUCGGCUAGGACAUCCAGGAAUUAUCACAAAGGUCCUCAUAGACACAAACCACUUUAAAGGCAAUUAUCCUGAUUCCUGCAGAAUAGAAGCCUGUAACAUCACAGAGGAUGAAGAGGAAGCAGCCAUGAAAGACAUGAAUGGGGGGCCCUGGAAAAUCCUCCUCCCCCCAAAGAAACUCUAUGCCCACCAGGAACACGAGUUUGGCCGCCAGAGUAUUAACAACUGUGGGGUCGUGAACCACGUGCGGCUUACGAUGGCUCCAGAUGGCGGCAUUAGUCGCAUGAGACUGUUCGGGUAUAUUCAGGAUCCGGAUGAUCCUGAAGGAUCAGUACUCCCUGGAAUAGAAGACAUCGAAAGUGGAACUCAGGAAAGUGACGAACCACAAAAGAAGAAGAAAAAAACCAAAUAGAAACGGGUCCUAAAAUUCCUACAUAGCAAAUAUAUACAUCCCGUAACUGCUGUUUUAUAAGCUUAUUUCAUAUCAAAGUAUUACUGAUCAUUUUAUGGUUUAUGAAUAAGAGUUGGUAGAAUUAUAUUCACUGGUCACUGCCAUAUGAUUAUGAUUUUGUAUAUGUUUACCUUUUGUUUUUAUUUUGAUUUGUUAUUUGAUCUUAGUUAGUCGUUUAAUGUCAGUUGUUAUUGAAGAAUAUAAUUCUUAUUUUGGCAUACCAAUAUGUUGUGUGUAAAAUGCUAUAUGUGUUAAUAAUAUCCUCUUAGUUGAAAUUUUAUUUCGUUUGUGAAAGAAUUCAAGGCAGAAAAGCGUUGAUAAAAUCAGCUUUAUGCAUUUACUAAUCAUUUUAAAGAGCAAACAUGGUAUUUUGAAGCAUCAACGAAUUCUCUUUCUUAUAACGGUAGAAUUCUACUGCUUUGUGGUUUACACGUGUAUAAAGACAUCGACAUGGACACGUAUAUACCUCAUUUUGAUUGUCUCUCACGGUCGAUAAUCAAACUAAAGCUCUGGUGUAUUUUUAUAUAAAUAUUCAGGAUUGCCAUACAGAAAAACAUUUCAUUUUUAAACAUGUAUAUGUACAUUCAUUUUACAAUGUUUGAUGAAUAUAUUUUGAUAUUGUUACAUUAUAAUCAUAUAUUUUAUAUCCAGUUGAUUUUAAAUACAUGAUUUAUUUUUUAGCAGC